AUGGAUUUUGUGCCAUUUGGCUGUAACAGAUGGUACGUCGUUUCGCAGGGCGCCUACUUGUGGGUCAACGGUGGGGCCAUUGAGAUGUUGCCCGAGGAAGGUGCAGUUGAUCAUCGCAUGGAGUGUGAGUUCAAACAUUUCAAGACAACGAAGUCUGGAUUUUGCGACCCCGAUGUGUCGUCUGUCGGGUGCCUGCAAGGGGGCGUCCCAUAUCUGAUCUCUAUAUCUAAAGGGCAAUAUCUGACAGUGGAUGGUAAUCGCCUCGUUUCGCGUGACAUCAACCAGGCGGCAUCCUUCCAGAUCGAGGCAAACAUCGAAGUGAAGCAUGCGAGCCCAAUAGGGAAAGCUCUUGGUUGGUAG